GGACUCCAGCCUCUUCAGCAACACCUCUGUUAAGUUAAUUUCCUCUAAAGCAGAUGUUUUAGUAUCAUUUAUAGGAUUUUUUUUCUUUCCUUGGCCUAAUAAUUUUGAAAAUGUACAUAUUUCUGUUCAUUGGACUGUGUUGGUCAGUGGUCAGUGUAAGCUGCAGAAGUAGAUUGAAAUGUAGGUCAUUUUACUGUAGCCUGAAAUAGUCUAUAGACAUGUACAUGGACAUACAUAUGUGUUAUCCAUGGUGGCUAUUGAUAUUGUGUUUUGCGCUAGGUAAAUCUUGAGUAUCAGGGACUGUCUGCUUGAUUUUCGUCUGUUGGUUGGCGUGUGCUGCUGUAGGGGCUGGGGUCCUGAGGUUAAGGCUGUGUCUUAGCCUAAAGGGACUGGGGGUAGAGCUGUCAGGGAGGAGUAUAUAGAGAUGGCCAGCGGGUGUACUACCUGUCACUGGAGUUCUACAUGGGGCGGACUCUCUCCAACACUAUGGUUAACUUGGGCAUCCAGAGCUCGUGUGAUGAGGCCAUGUUCCAGCUGGGUCUGGACAUUGAAGAGCUAGAAGAAAUAGAGGAGGAUGCUGGUCUUGGCAAUGGUGGCCUGGGAAGACUGGCAGCCUGCUUCCUAGAUUCCAUGGCAACCCUGGGCCUGGCAGCCUAUGGCUAUGGCCUCAGAUAUGACUAUGGUAUCUUCUCUCAGAAGAUCAUAAAGGGUUGGCAAGUAGAGGAGCCUGAUGAUUGGUUGCGCUAUGGCAACCCAUGGGAGAAGGCCCGCCCCGAAUAUAUGUUACCAGUGAACUUUUACGGCCGUGUGGAACAGAAGGAUGGUGCAGCCAAGUGGGUGGAUACACAGACAGUGUUUGCCAUGCCCUACGACAGCCCCAUUCCUGGCUAUGGUAACAACUGUGUGAACACAAUGAGGCUGUGGUCAGCAAAAGCCCCCAGAAGCUUCAACCUCUCAUUCUUCAACAAUGGAGAGUACAUUCAGGCAGUUUGUGACAGAAACUUGGCAGAAAACAUAUCCCGUGUGCUCUACCCGAAUGACAAUGUGUUUGAAGGAAAGGAGUUGCGUCUGAAACAGGAGUAUUUCCUUGUAGCUGCUACUCUCCAAGAUAUCAUCCGUAGGUUCAAGUCAUCCAAAUUUGGCUGUCGUGAUCCCAUCAGAACAUCUUUUGAGAGUUUCUCCGAUAAGGUGGCCAUACAACUGAAUGAUACUCACCCAUCUCUAGCUAUCCCAGAGUUGAUGAGGAUUUUGGUGGACAUUGAGGGUGUCAAAUGGGAAAAGGCUUGGGAGAUCACUGUGAAGACCUGUGCAUACACCAACCAUACAGUGUUACCGGAGGCCCUGGAGAGAUGGCCGGUCCAUCUGAUGGAAACUCUUCUGCCCAGGCACCUGCAGAUCAUCUACAGGAUCAACCACGACUUCAUGGAGGACAUUGCAAAGAAGUACCCUGGUGACUUUGACCGCAUGCGACGCAUGUCAUGCGUGGAGGAAGAUGGGGAGAAGAGAAUCAACAUGGCUCACCUGGCCAUUCUCGGCAGUCACGUUGUCAACGGGGUGGCCGCCAUCCAUUCACAGAUCAUCAAAACGACCACGUUUAAGGACUUUGCAGAGAUGUUCCCAGACAGAUUUCAGAACAAGACAAAUGGGAUCACCCCCCGACGCUGGCUGUUACUUUGUAACCCAGGACUCUCUGAUGUCAUCGCUGAUCUCAUUGGUGAGAGCUGGGUGACAGACUUGUAUGAACUGAAGAAACUGAAGAAUCACGUCAACGAGAAUGUACUUAGAAAUGUUAUGAAAGUCAAGCAGGAGAACAAAAUGAAGCUGGCAGCGUAUAUCCAGGAAAACUAUAACAUCAAGGUCAACCCUGCCUCCAUUUUUGACAUGCAAGUGAAGCGAAUCCACGAGUACAAGAGGCAGCUGCUGAACUGCCUGCAUGUCAUCACCAUGUACAACCGCAUCAAGAAGAACCCCAACCUGAAGUUUGUCCCCAGGACUGUCAUGAUUGGUGGGAAGGCUGCCCCCGGUUACCACAUGGCCAAACUGAUCAUCAAGCUGAUCAACAGUGUUGGGGAGGUGAUCAACAAUGAUCCCAUUGUGGGUGACCGCCUCAAGGUGGUUUACCUGGAGAACUACCGCGUGUCUCUGGCUGAGAAGAUCAUUCCCGCAGCUGAUCUCAGUGAACAGAUCUCCACUGCUGGCACAGAGGCCUCUGGAACAGGCAACAUGAAGUUCAUGUUGAAUGGUUCUCUGACUAUUGGAACCUUGGAUGGAGCCAAUGUGGAGAUGAGAGAGGAAAUGGGACCUGAGAACAUCUUCAUCUUUGGCAUGACUGUGGAUGAGGUAGAGGAACUCAAAAAGAAGGGGUACAAUGGGAAGGAUUAUUAUGAGCAAAAUGCUGAACUGCGAGAGGUGCUGGACCAGAUUAACUCAGGUUUCUUCUCCCCAGAUGACCCUAACCGCUUCCGUGAAAUCUACAACAACCUGCUGUACCACGACAGAUUCAUGCUUUUGAAGGAUUACGAAUCCUACAUUAAGUGUCAGGAACACGUGAAUGCUGUGUACAGUAAACCUGGUGAAUGGGCUAAGAUGUGUUUAAUGAACAUAGCCUCCUCCGGAAAGUUCUCCAGUGAUCGAACCAUCGCUCAGUAUGCUCGAGAAAUCUGGGGUGUGGAGCCAUCAAAGGCCAAGCUGCCAGCGCCCCAUGAAGUUCCAGGCACAUACUCUGAAGGCGACAGCAGUCAAAAGGAACCAAGAACUAUAAGUGAUUCAAAAGGCUACUAGAUUUUGAAGGAUCUCAGCCAUUAGCUCUUCAGCAGGACUUUGAAGACUUUAUUCUCAAGAUCAGGUGUACAGAAAGAACAGAGCUCACAUCAUCGGAUCUCAUGUCAGCUCCUUGACAUGCUAGUUUACAUGUUCCUCAUGCUUCACCUGCUACGUUGAAAGGGGCAGCACCACCAAUAGGAGGUGCUCUCUCCCAUUCCACAACAUCAACAUUUCAGUUAUUAUGUUUGGAUGAAGGUUUUUUUGUCACAGGCAACAGUUGGAAAAAUUUCAGCUUGUUGAAACCAUUUGAUUGUUAUUAGAAUAGAAGCAUUGGCGUUUUGUUUGCACUGUAAUACUGGCGGCCUAUUUUUUUCUUCUUGUGGUGCAAAAAACAAAUUUUGUUUUUUAUAACCUCGUGUAUUGUCACAGCAUUAUAUGUUUUAUUACCUGACUGAUUAGAGCUCAUAAUUUCCAUGUUGCAUUGUGAACUGAUGCUUUCGUGAUGUACCAUGUCAUGAAUGGUUGCAAUUACUAAGCAUACUGGGAAAGAUGCAUGUUAUGCACGAGAGGAUUGGAAAGAGAGCAUGAUUGUGAUGGCUUUUCUAAUAUAGUUUUUUCUCUAGUACUGUAGUUAGCAAAUUGUUCUUAUUAGAAAACUAGUUGACCCAUAUUUCUGAGGUUAGAAAGAAAUGGGCCUUAUGAAAAGGGGAGGUAAAUCUGGUUCAUUACGUACAUUACGUAUCAUUGGCUGACCUUCAAUAUGCUCAAGAAAUCUAGACCAAACCCUGGUGCUGCAGCUUGGCUAUGAUUAGUCAGAAACUCAUCUCAGCCUGUAAAUGGAUUACUGUCUUCCUGACCCCAGCACAUCACGGCUAAAGACAUCCUGCUAUCAUGAGAUGGCCUUAUUUCGUAAAGUGAUUUUAAGUGAUUUCUCAAUUGUAAGUUUCGAAAAAUGGUAUGAGAUGCCAUGAAAAAUGAGGAAGCAGUCCUGUUUGGCUUAUGCUUCCAUUCACUUCCUCCAAGAGCAGAGAGAGUCUAACCUCAUACUUGUGAAGUGAUAAAUUGUUGAGCACAUUUAACAGUUUUUCUGUAGAAUUGCUUUGAUGUAUUUUUGCCUAUCUCUGUAUCUCAUCUCGUGUGACUGCCAUUAUUAUCUGGUAUGUAGCUCCACCCAGUCAGUUUCAUAAUAUCAUCUGUAUUUAUCAACAUAAUGUGAGCACCCCAUUGGCCACAGGCUAGGGGCAGGAUGAAUACAUCCCGGUGGUUUGUCUAGUUAACUCAGGAUGGAUGAUUCCCCGGUGAUGUGCACAAACACUUUUUGGUAUGAAUGUUUUCAAAGUGCGUCAGAUAUCCUGUUGUAUUGCACCUUUUCCUAGUGGUAUGGUAACCAAAUUCUCUCCAAUCACCUCAUUUUUGUAACCAUUUCUUUAGUGCUUUUUGUUUUAGUGCUGUUUUAAAAUGGUCGUUUUAGUCAGUAUUUGUGAACGGCCAUGUGAAAUUUGAUAUUCUCCAUGAUCACAUUUUUAACUUUUCUUCCUUACUUGAGAAAUGAUUUUUUUCAGCAUUAUAUUGAUCAGAUUGAUAGGUUAUGGACAGCAGACAAAACCAUAAUGUUAGUUGUUUGUGGAGCAAACUACAUCCUUACGCUAAAUCAUUUUAAAUACUUUACAUGAUUUCAAAGCGAUUCGUAUUGAAUUAUCUGUAUUAACCAUUAUCUUGUGUGUAGCUAUGAAUGGAUUAGUUUUCAGUCUCUUUUAAUAUUUUCCAUUGUGAUGUUUUUCAAGAUGAAAUUAACUAGUCUAUUCAAAAUAAACCUCUGUCGGCUAUUGUUUUCCGCAGUUUGUGAAUGGCAUUGGCUAAUUCUGUGGUAGUGUUGUCCCAGCUUCAGUAGGAAAUUCCUUGUUUAGAAUGACACAUGGAGAUAAAAAAAUGAUUGGUUCUCCUUGUGUUAUCUCACAUUAUCAGGCAACCUGCAGCCUUUAAUAAGAAUUUCAUAAUGUGAUCAAAACAAGUAUUUUGAAGUACUGUUUUGCCAUCAAAUUUACUUUUAACUUUUCAUAAAACCUAUUUCUUGAGCCUCAAAACAACAGGCUGUAUUUGUAGGCUGGGUCACACAGUUAUUUAAGUCUGUGAUUUAUAUCCUCAAAGCUAUUCAAAGUUGUGUAUUCUUUAUGACAUAUAAAAUACAUUUGUGACUUUGCUCUUGCCAAGUAGACAGUUACUCAGAAAUUAAACUGUUAGUUGUUUACUGGAAAGUAAGCUAGUGAAAAAAAUUAAAAUGUCUAUAACAUGGGUUUACUACUUUUGAGACGUAUUGAAGGAAUGUUUCUUUACCAUGUAGAGAUCUGUAGUUACAGUACUAGUUUAAAUAAAAGGACUUAAUGAUCAAGA